GGCUAUUGCCUAGUUCCUAUUUAGUAAAAAGUGGCUAUUACCAACUACGGACUACAGCACAGUACAGAACUACAGAAGUACGGAGUACAGUUCCAGUGGUAGUGUGGUGAACUACUGUAUAUAUAGUUACGUUGUUGAGUGUACGUCGCAGUUUGUCGAGUGUCGCAGCCAUAUUGCAGUUGGACGUGCGAUCCAUUUGGUCAACAGAACUCAUAACGGCAAGGAAACGAGUAUCAACAAUUUGCUGCGUAGACUACGUUUCGACCGACGGGCACGGGAACGACGACAAAUUGUUUUGCCAUUGCCGUAAACGCUCUACCCGCGCAUUUAUCGUUAAAACAAUAUUUAUAUUUAUUGCUAUCGCCCUUCAUCACUACAGGUCGUCCGGUGCUGUUGCUGCGUCGACGUGUUUCUCUCUCUUUCUCGAGGCUACGCUCGACUGCUCGAGAUUGUCGUCAGUGUUUCGACAACAGUUUUCUAGUUCAUUUUAUUUCCGUUUUUACAUUAUUUAUCGUCAUACCUUGCUUUGCGCUCACCCAGCAGUGCGUAAUAGCGUAUAAGAUUGUUUUUUUUUUGUCCGAAACAUUUUUGACGGACCGCCGGCGGAAGAAGAACAACCCAAAAACCUCUCUAAAUGAAGGCCAGCGCCGCGUACACAAAGAGGGCAACGAUGACGGAAUUGUUUUAUUAUUACCACGGCGGCAAUGCGCCUACCAAUCGAUGUCGUUAAUAGCGAUACGGUCCGCCAUUUUGUGCUGUUUAUCAGCGAAACUGUAAUCACGGAAUACGGAUUCACAUUCACGUGGAGUAGCGUCAACAACAAGCGUCAAGCAUUUAUGUCCACCACGUACGCCAACAUAGCACGCCAGGCACCAUCCAUUCGCCGUCGGGACGAUCGAUUUUAAAUUAAUUUUAUUUCUAUUUUUACUGCUUUCCUACAGACAGGAAAAUAUAUAAAAAAACGCAAAUACGAUAUCGACGUUUAGUAUUUUUAAAUUACGACACUUAUUUUUGUGAAAGAGAAAGAAAGAAUUUUGUGCCAAACCAUUGUAUAAAUCGUAUUUGUACGUACAGAGACGCACAACAAAAACGCCAUGCCACCGAUUGAUCCCAUGCAGCUAUUGAACUGCUUAAAGGUUUUGCUAAAUGAAGAUACUGGUGGUCUUAAAGGUCCUCCUGAAGCAAUGCAAAUAUCCAGCCCAUCUACUGUCGCUACUAUCUGGAAGAAUAAGGAUAAAAUAUUGCAUGCUGAAACAGAAGGAAGUUCUUGUAAAAAAAUAAGGAAACCGAAAUUUAAAGGCUUGGACCAGGCCAUGUUAACGUGGUUCCAUAAACAACGUUGUAAUAAUGUACCUAUAUCUGGGCCUGUUUUGAAAACUAAAGCUGAACAUUUUGCUCAACAACUUGGUAUUAUAGAUUUCAAGGCCUCGGAAGGAUGGCUUGGAAAAUUUAAACAACGUCACAAUAUUACCUAUGGGAAAAUAAGCGGAGAAGCACUAAAUGUCGACUUGAAUGUUACUAACAGCUGGUUAAUUAAUGUGUGGCCAAAAUUGAAUGAAAAGUACACUCCGGAUAAUAUUUUUAAUGCUGAUGAGACAGGUAUUUUUUACAAAAUGACCCCAGAUAAAACAUUAAAAUUCAAAGGGGAAAAAUGCGUGGGAGGUAAACUUUCUAAAGAACGUAUCACUGCGUUUGUAGCAGCCAAUAUGAGUGGUACUGAAAAAAGAAAGAUUAUGGUAAUAGGCAAAUCAAAAAACCCGCGAUGUUUUAAAAAUAUUAAACGGUUGCCAGUCACUUAUAAAGCAAAUAAGUCAGCGUGGAUGACAUCAAUACUUUUUGAAGAAGAAAUAAGAAAAUGGGAUGCAGAAUUAAAAGGGCGAAAAGUUUUGUUACUCGUGAAUAAUUGUCCUGCUCAUCCCAAUCUAUCUAAUCUUAUGAACAUAGAGAUGAUAUUUUUCCCAGCUAACACAACUAGUAUCUUACAGCCGAUGGACCAAAGUGUUAUAAAAAGUUUGAAAGGCCACUAUAGAAAGAAAAUAUUAAGGGAAAUUAUCGAAUCUGAUGGCAAUGCCUCUAUCAAUAUGCUUGAUGCGGUGAACUUCUUAAGUAAAGCCUGGGAAGAGGUAACAUCAGAAACUAUACGGCAUUCUUUUCGUCAUGCUGGACUUCGAAGUUUUGCAAAUGCUGAAGAAGAAAUAGAACAAUUUGAGAAUGAAGAUGAUACACUGAGUGAGUGGAUUACUCAGUUCAAUACUCCGCAUACUUUGACUCCUGAGGACCUACAAAACUAUGUAGAAAUAGACGAGAAUCUAGUUACAACAAUAUCGUUAACUGAUGAAGAAAUCCUAAAUGAAGUGACAAAAGGCGAGGAGGAGCAAAAGGAAGAUGAAGAGGAAGCACAACCUGACGAAGUCGUAAUACCAAGUAUUCAACAAGCACUUGAUGCGGCUAAAUUAUUAGAAAAGUACUUAUUGUUUCAUGAAGAUGAUCCAAAGUUAUACCAAAACAUGGGAGAAAUUCAUAGAAAAAUACAAAAACAAUAUUGGCAAAAUAAAAAAGUCCAAACUAAGAUGACAGACUAUUUUAAAUGAAUUAUAAAUAUGUAUAGUAUAAAAAUUAAAUUAUAUUUAAUAAGUAUGUAUAA